CUUCGGUACAAGAAACACCUUAGCUCUGGCCUAAUAAGCGGGGUGGCAUGAGUUGGCUUGGAAGAAUCAACGAGGUCGACCCCUCAAGUCACUCGAGCCGAGCGGCCCAAGCAACCCAAAGCCUCCGCCUCACUCUUCCAAGCAAGCCAUGCAGUUAGGCUAGCUAAGUAGCCAAGCUCUAGCAGCUACCCAUUCCUCCAUCCAUGCCCUCUCCCUCUCCUCCUCCAGCCACCGAUGUCUUGCGCGGCGGCGGAGGCCGGCCUGGUGGCCAUGGACUGCGUGGUGGUGUGCUGCUGCUGCCCGUGCCUGGUGCUGCAGAUCACCGUGUUCCUCUUCGUCCGGCUGCCCCGGAAGGUGGUGGUCAAGUCCAAGAGGGUCUUUCUGCGGCGAUGGCACAGGAGGAGGAGGAGAAGAUCGGCAUCGGCAGCCGCGAAGAGGCUCUCCAGAAGCGGCAGCACGGCCUCGUCCUCCGGCAUGAGGCGCCUCGAGGAGCUGCUGGACGGCGGCAGCGACGGCGACGUCCGCGGUAGCUGGAAAGAGAAAUGCUUCGCCAUGGACGACGAUGAUGGCGGCGGCGGCUGGAAGCAGAGGUGCUUCGCCGUCGACGGCUGCGACGACGACGACGGCGUGUGGGAGGCGCUGGUGGAGCAGGAGGGGCUCUUCUGGUUCGGGAGCUUCUGGGGCCGGACGGAGCAGGGCGACCCGGUUUCUGCGGAGGACCAGAUGUACGCAGGCUUGAGCUUGCCGGUAGUCCUAGAGAGAGUGCGCGAUUAGGCAACGACGAUGCAGUUUGAUGCAAACGGCUUGCAUUGCAGCUUCUACUACUAGAUGAGGUUUCUACUUUUCCAUCUGGCAUCAUUUGGUCAUUGCACUGAUGAUUCCAUUCCUUACUGUACAUAUGUUAUCAUCAUGGUACGCCUAUCAAUCAAAGGAACAAUUCCUGAACAAUAGACAGCGGGUUUCAGUUUAAUCACUGCAGAGAGACAGAUAGUGAC